UUACGUUAAACGAUAAAUCGAUCGGCUAUUUCCACAUCGAUUGUAAGAUAAAAUACACCCUUGUAUCGUCGAGCUUACAAGAAAGUAAUCCAUCUCUCAUCGAUAUAUAUAUAUAUUAAUUAUUAUUGCAUAAAGAAAUGAUAUAGUAAUAUCGUUCACGCAUGAAAUAUGCAAAAUUGAUCGGUCUUAUAUCAAUUGAAUUAGGGCAAAAAGCGUUUAUGGAGAGAAAGUAUAAAUGACAUCGGGCACGGUGUGUGCCUGUUAGUCGUCACGAGCUGCACGCACGAUGCAUUACCCUCUGCACAUCGUUGUGGUGUUGACGAGCCCAUGGAUCCUUCAGGACUACGUGCACGCGGCGAAAAAUGGUCUAAGUGCCGAAGUGCUGACGUCUUUCGCCAGAAACAUCGCCUCGGUCCUAUCGACGACUUUGCUCAGCGAAGACUUACCUGUGAACCAAUCGAGCGGUAACCUUCUGAAAAGAAUUCAAGAUGCGCAGCCAUCGUUGGAGAUCGCCACCAAUCAGUCAGAAGGAUCGGAGACCCCAUCGAAUGCCUCUUUCAGUCGCUACCCUCGAUCUUCUUCAAACGAAGAAACAGUAUUCCAGAAUCCUUACGUGACAAAUCCUCCACGUUAUUCAAAAUAUCACGAAUCGGUAUCCUCCUAUAAACCGUACGAAUUCGCCGUGAAUUCAAGAAUUCCUUACAACAAGGUGAACACACCUGGAAACCUUAAUAUGAUCAAUACCAAAGAAAAUUCUGUCAACGAAGACGUUAAUCCACCUCCUCUCCAUUAUCCUUCUCCUGGAUUCAGAUACAAACCCGAACCCGUCGAUCCAUUGUCUAAUUCAAAUCACUAUGCCCGAUUAGCGGAUCUUCACUAUCAUCGUCUCUCGACUCAGAGACCUGUCGAUCCUGGACAACAUUCGACAACGCCCGAACAAGAGAUUAACACGGAUGAAAACGAGAAUAUUAAUCAGAUUGCCAGGAUAACUCGAAGACCGUAUAAUCUCAAUUAUCGUGGCUCCUUUCAUAAUUCUUAUUAUACACCUGGUUUUCAAGGGUACCCAGAGUUAUAUCCUCGCGAGAGGCCCGUGGAAAGUGAGGAUCGAUACGUGACUGAUGGGCGAGAUGAAAGCGAUCCAUCUAGAUUGGAAGAUCAGAAUCAAGUUCAAACUGCGUUAGGGGGAUACGAUUACGGCCCUCGUUUCCAUUAUGGUUUACCUCCAUAUCACGACGCUUUCUAUCACGGAUUUCCUGGAUUCUAUCCCCGCCCCUACAACGACACUUUUCACUCGGGAUACAACAACAAAGAGACACAAAGUGAUGGCAAUGGAACCGGUCCACAACCAUACGGUCCACCAUUUUAUCACCAUCCUAGGUUCGGUCCUCACCAACGACCAUUCUAUCCAAAUUUCUACGGAAGACCUGUUCAACCGCCGCAGAAUCCGGCUGAUAAUCAAGAAAAUUCCGAACAAAUCGUUACACCAGAAAAUGGACGAGGUAACAAUGCCACGUAUCACGGAUAUCCGCCAUUUGGAUAUCCGCCAUAUCCUUAUUACGGCCCUCAUUACGGGGGUUUCAAUUUGCACGGUUAUCCUCUCACGGUGCCAUUCUUCGGUGGACAUCGUUUCGGACAUGGAUUCCACGAUCACCUAUUCUCGGGGAUCAAAUCCGUCCCUUAUUUGAAUUUUUAUCAUCACUUUCCAUCGGUUCAUUGGCAUCCCCCAUAUGGAUAUCAUCAUUACGACCAUCGACCCGCGACGACGACUGAGAAGCCCGCAGAAAAGACUGUCAACGAAAACUCUGAGGCAUCAGCUUCUAACAGCGAGACUGAAAUGUUGUCCGAGAUUAAAUCUUCGGAAAGGAGUCGAUCUUCGCCUUCAAGAGGAUACAAAAAACGCUCUGGAUUCGUUACCAAAGAGAGCAGCAAAGUAGCCAAGGAUCGAAUAGUGAUGUAAUAGUAGUGGACUGUAACUACCGAUUAAUUUAAGUGAUUAAUUUAAUAUAAGGGAAAAAAGAUAUAUUGCUAUUAUUUGUCCUAUCAUUUGUACGUAUUGUAUCUUCUUUCUUUCCUGGUAAUUUCCUUUAAAAAAAAAAUAGAUGAACCUAUAUCUAAAUAAUCUAAAUAAACCAUCUAUCCAAAA